CUCACGAGCCAACACUAUUGCACUCAGCCGGAGCAGCUGCGAGAGGAAAAAGUAGAGGAGCAGGGAGCAGUGUGGAGAAACGAAUCGCGAGGUCUCGGGAGAGGAAAGUGCAUCGGCUCUGUCUCGAACCUGUGCAGUACCCUACAACCCUCGAGCUCAGGCAGUGUACAACUGCACAAGGGAAAAGCAUCAACAACAAGCUCAAGAUACCAAUCCACAAUCAAUCAUGCUCCGUUCCAGAGUGAACCUCAGCACUAUGGUUUUCCUGUUGAUCCUGCAUGGAGCAGCUGUGGUCCUCUUCUUCAAUUGGUACAUCGGGCUAAACCCUUGCGAUGGCAUCCCUUCCAAUAGGAAGAUCCAUGUUGUGCUACUGUCAUCAUGGCGAUCAGGAUCAUCCUUUGUUGGUCAGGUGUUCAGUCAACAUCCGUCUGUGUUCUACCUCAUGGAGCCUGCCUGGCAUGUUUGGACCAAACUUAGGAACUCUGGUGCACAGACACUACGAAUGGCUGUAAGGGAUCUCAUGCGUAGUGUGUUCCAUUGUGAUUUCUCCGUGACUGAUGCCUACCUGCCAGAGCAUCACAACAUGUCCUCUUUGUUCAUGUGGAGUCACAGUCGAGCAUUGUGCUCACCACCGGCUUGUUCUCUCACACCGCGUGGCUAUUUCAGCAAUCAAACUCAAUGCUUGCAAACUUGUGGUGAGGUGGGCCUACAAGGUGUGCAGGAGGCCUGUUUUUCUUACAGUCAUGUGGUCUUAAAAUCAGUGCGAAUAUUUGAACUGGAAUCUCUCUACCCCCUCUUUGAGGAUCCUAGCCUUGACCUUCGCAUCAUUCACCUGGUUCGGGAUCCACGGGCCGUGGUGCGGUCAAGAGAACAGUCUGCAAAAGCUUUUGUUGGUGAUAAUGCUGUUGUGUUGGAGCAGAAAAGCAUGCCUGCAGCUGAGAUACAAUACCAAGUCAUACAGGAGAUCUGCCGGAGCCAUGUGCGCAUUAGUGAAAGGGCCCUACAGAAGCCCCCAUCAUUUCUAAAAGGCCGGUACAAAAUGGUUCGGUAUGAAGAUGUAGCCCGCAAUCCACUUGAGGAAAUAAGUGCCAUGUAUGACUUUGUAGAUCUGGACAUGACAAAUCAGUUAGAGGAAUGGAUUUAUAAGCUGACUCAUGGAAAAGGCAAAGGUUCCUUAAAAGAGGCUUUUGAAAUCACUUCAAGAAACGCUGCAGAUGUUUCCCAGGCUUGGCGCACCACGCUGCCACAUAAUAAGGUCAAGCGCAUCCAGGAAGUGUGUAAGAGGGCCAUGUCACUGCUUGGCUACACAACCGUUAACAGUGAUAAAGAACAGAAGAGACUUGAUAUUGAUUUAUUGGUACCACGUGAACCAUACCAGUUCAGCUGGUUACCGCAAAAAACAGAGCACUCCAGUAACAAUUAAAACAGUGCAUAGUAAACGACAUUUAUCUCGCCUGAAGUCUCGACUUGUUCCAUGCAGUUUUCAUAAGUUGUAUUAAUAUAAGUCGCGCAACACUGUUUUGACAUCUAUGGGCAAAGCAAUAGUUUGUGAAAACUGUGACAUGGCCACAGGUUGUCUCUGACUACUGUAAGGACUACUGUCAAUUGUUAUUUUUCUAUGAUUUGCAGCAGUAUCAUAAAUACUGAUUAACUGCAGUUUUCUACUGUACCGUAUUUUCCGCACCAUAAAGCUCGGUUAAAAGCCUUUCAUUUUCUCAAAAAAUCAAGUUGCGUCUUUUAAUAAGGUGCGCCUUUUGUGUGGACCGAAUUCCAAAAUCUGUAAAGCUGUUUUGUGUGGCUUCCCUAAUAUACAGGCGUAAUAUGUAGACCCGAUGAACCAAAC